AUGGACAAUAUGGUCCUCUUGCCGAUAAUGGUGCCACUUCCGGUCGCACUGACGUUGGUGUGUACUUCCAUUUUGGCCGUGAUGCUCUAUGUACGUUCGCUCUUCACUUCGAGAGACACGCUACCAAAGUUAUUCUACAAGGAAUCGACUCUUAACACACACCUCCUCAACAAAUCCUCAAUCAUGAGACGACCAUUUCGGCCCAGCUUCUGGAUGAAGAACCGUCACGUGCAGACGAUCCUUGGUAGCAUUCGGCCUCAGUGUAUUGUGCAUUACGAACGGGAAUAUCUCCAACUUUCCGACAAAGGGGUUGUUGCUCUGGAUUGGGUUAUCGGCACAAAUUACGUCAUCAGACGAAACAGCCCGAUCUGUAUUGUGUUUCCGUCACUGACUGGUGAUGCUUAUUCAGUAUCGGAUUUGUGUGGAUCCAUUGCACGUAAAGGAUUCCGAACUGUUGUUUUUAACAGUCGUGGUCAUGGAAAUAGUUUCCUAACAACCAAAAAACUUCAGAGUUUUGGGGACCCUCUUGAUGUUAGACAGUCGGUGUUGUAUAUCCAUCAGAAACACCCUCGUUCCCAAAUCGUCGCAGUUGCCAUGGGAUCCGGUUCUACCGUUUUGUUCUCGUAUCUUGGGGAGUAUGGGUCAUCAACACGACUAAAGGCCACCGCCUUCAUAUCACCUGUGUACGAUGUCUCACAAACACUUAUUCACAGAAUGUCGAAAUUUUACGAGUUUGUCCUGUUAUCGAAAUUAAAACUUAUAUUACUUACACAUGCGCAUGCGCUAUCGGAAGUAGUGGAUAUUGCCAAAGCCAUGUUGUCUUGGAGCAUGUCGACAUUUCAGAAGCAUGUGUAUUGCCAUGGUAACGAAUCGCUUGAACAGUUCCUGGAGCGGAAUGAUCCCAUGCGGGAUGUGGACGAUAUUUCGGUGCCAGUGUUGUGUGUGAGUAGUACUGACGACCCCAUCUGCAGACACACUGACACGCCAUUCGAUAUAUUCCAGUUUUAUCCAAAUAUGUUGCUUGUGGCAACAGCACAUGGCGGCCAUUGUGGAUUUCUAGAAAGUGUGCAGAGACCUGCAUGGAGUGAUAAACUUGUUGUGGAUUAUCUUUCUUCAGUGUUGGAGUUUUCAUCAAAGGGUUACGAACACUCGGGUUAAUGUCAUCAAUUUGGAAUGGGUUGAUGGUGAUAUAUAUAUGUCCCGAGACUGAAGGUUAUAUACAUAUAUAAUAUAUAUGUAACAUGUCAUGAGA